AUGAACACGGACUAAUAUAUAACUACAAUUCCCAUCAAUCCCGUCGCUUGUUGAUGACGCCAUUCGAGAAAUUUCCGGAAAGUUGCAGAACAGUUGCGUCAGAAACUUGCGCACUUCUGUCAGAAAAGGUGAACGACGAACGUUGCUCCGACGACUGACUCGGGAUAAACAUUGUGACCAUGUUGGUGGCGAGGCUAACGUGCCUGAGGAGUCUCCCCCUCGCGGGGAUGCGCCCCGUGCUGACACACGGCUCUCCGGCCCUGAGAGCACCCACCCUCAAAGCCUGUCCACCCCUGGUCAGGCCCCAGCAGGGUUAUUCUUCUAAAGCCAGAUUUGGGUUCCGCCGUUCAAGGACAACCAGAGACCAGAUGAAAGAUGCAGCUUUUGAGCCAGCCACAGAUACUGCAAUUCGAAUUGAUAGCAUGGGAAGAAUAAUUCUGGCUGGAGGCGCAGCAGUUGGCCUCGGAGCUCUGUGUUAUUAUGGACUUGGCAUGUCUAAUGAGAUGGGUGCAAUUGAGAAAGCAGUGAUCUGGCCUCAGUACGUGAAGGAUAGGAUUCAUUCCACCUAUAUGUACUUUGCUGGCAGCGUUGGACUAACAGCAUUGUCAGCUGUAGCAGUGAGCAGAACCCCAGCACUUUUGGGCAUGAUGAUGAGAGGAUCAUGGCUGGCCAUUGGAGCAACAUUUGCAGCCAUGAUUGGUGCUGGCAUGCUGGUCAGGUCUAUUUCAUAUGAGCACAGCCCAGUGCCCAAACAUUUGGCUUGGAUGCUUCAUGCAGGUGUGAUGGGUGCUGUCAUUGCCCCGCUGACUCUGCUGGGAGGUCCUCUGAUGAUAAGAGCUGCGUGGUACACAGCAGGCAUCGUGGGAGGUCUGUCUACUGUGGCCAUGUGUGCCCCAAGUGAGAAGUUCCUCAAUAUGGGUGGGCCCCUGGCUGUCGGCUUUGGAGUGGUCUUUGCUUCCUCUCUUGGAUCAAUGUUCUUGCCACCGACGUCAGCGUUUGGAGCAGGUCUGUACUCAGUGGCCAUCUAUGGAGGCCUGGUCCUGUUCAGUAUGUUCCUCCUCUAUGAUACACAGAAGGUCAUCAAAAGGGCAGAGACACACCCACUCUAUGGUGUACAGAAAUAUGACCCCAUCAAUGCAUGUAUGGGGAUUUACAUGGACACACUGAACAUCUUCAUGAGGCUUGUUAUGAUUCUGGCUAAUGGAGGCGGCAGCAGAAGGAAGUAAACAGCAGCACCGACUUCAUCUUCAGAUUACUUUCCACAAGUUCAUGUCUUAUUACUAAGAGCCAAUGCCAGGUGUUUUAGUGGCAAAUGUAUCUAGUAAAUCAACACACUUUAAACAUUAAGGACAAGUUGGCUGGAAAAUUAAAGAAGACAAACUUUUGUAUGUUGGUCCCACAGAUGUUUUAAGUUGAUUGUGGAAGUAUACGUAUGGUUUUGAGGGUUACAGAUCGACAAAAUCUGUUUGUCGGCUUCAUUUUGCCUGACUCAGAUGUUAUUUAGAUGAUUAUUUUGUUUCUAUUUAUUUCCUGUUGCUUUUCGAAUGAGAGCGAAAGUUCAGGAAUAACUAGUUCAAUGAAUAGAGGUUCUCUGUGCCACAGAACAAUAACUACUCUGUAUGUACAUUCAUUGAUGCUGCGUUUCUAUGAUGGUUCACAUCAGCCGCGUGUAUUCUUGUGAAAAUGUGAAGCAAUUUUAAAACCAGAACUACUCAAUAAACAGAUGAAAACCAAAA